UUAACCUCACAAUCAAAUCCUCAUCCCUAGCUAGUUUUUCACUUUCUCAGUUCCCAAAUCCAUGGCCAUGGAUUUUCCUCCAUACCAUUUCAGAUGCCCUAUUUCCAUGGAGCUCAUGAAGGACCCUGUUACCAUCUCCACCGGCGUCACAUACGAACGUGUCAACAUCGAGAAAUGGUUCUUCACAUACAAGAAGAAAACAUGCCCGGCCACUAUGCAAAGAAUCGAAAAUUUCGACACCAUACCAAAUCACACCCUCAAGAGGCUCAUUCUUGCAUGGCAAAACCAAGGGGACUCGAAAUCAUCUGAGUUAUCGAAUUCGCCUUCUGAUAAACAUGAGGAGAUUGAAGCACUUCUCAGCACGAUCAUGUCUUCCCCAUUCAAGGUCAGUUCCUUAAAGAAACUUCGUUCCAUUAUUGACAUGGGUGAGGAGACAAAAAAUGACUUCAUUAGUUGUAAAGGAGUGGAAGUUCUUGUUCAAAUACUUGACCAAACCCUCACAGAGAACUCGGAUUUCGUAACCUUUCGGGCCUGCGAGGAAGCUCUUUGUAUUCUUCACCAACUUCCCAUCUCAGAGGAAGAAGGUGACUCUUUUAAGCUGUUGUCAAAACAAGACUCCACCAGAUCAAUGGCGAUCAUGCUUCAGCGGGGAAGCGCUGAAGCACGCCUUCACACCAUUACCAUAUUCAAGAAGAUGGCAAAAACCAAUUACGACUGGAACUUUGUGAUACAAGAUCAAGGUUUGGAUUUCUUCAAAUCCUUGUUGGAGCUAGUUUCAGACGAAAUAUGUAGCAAAGCGAGCUCAUGUGCCUUGGAGGUGCUGAUAGAAAUCUUGAGAGCAUCAAAGAAAAACAAGUUGAAGGCAAUUGAAGCAGGUGCAGUUUGUGUCCUAAUAGAGCUACUUCCAGAGUCCAGCAGAUCCAGAUGUGAGAAAAUGUUGCAAGUGAUCAAGUUACUAUGUGAAUGUGCUGAGGGGAGGCUGGCCCUGGUGGAACAUGGCAUGGGCAUUGUCGUGAUUUCGAAGAAGAUGAUGCAUGUUUCCAAUGUUGCUACCAAGAUUGGGGUGAAGAUCAUGUGGUUGGUUUGUAAUUUUCACCCAACUGAGAAAGUGUUGGAGGAAAUGUUGAUAUAUGGAUCGGUGAAGAAGCUCCUUGCACUGUUGCAUAUGGACGGAAGGUCUUCGACGAAAGAUAAAGUUGUGAAGAUCUUCAGGUUGCAUGGAAAUUCAUGGAAACGGUACCCUUGCUACCCUUGUGAUUUGUAA